UAAAGAUAGAUGGUGCUGCUUCUUGUUCUGGAAUGUCUGGAAUCUGUUAACUCCUCCCUGUGUUGUGUAACGACAAAUACAUUUUCAGGAGUAGAAUAACUACAGGUUAUUUAUUUCAGUCCAAUAAAACAUGAAACCUGGAAAGUUAUUGAAUCAUGUUUGAAUGUGAACAUAGAAACAGAGGAGAGUGGAAACUGAGGAGCAGGUUUAAACUGAGGAUUCAAACACGGAAACAAGAGUAUAAGUUGUGGUGCUCCUCAUCGUGGAAUGUAGAAAAACUUGUUAACUCCUCCCUGUGUUGUGUAACGACAAAGAAACCUGAACAUUUUAAAGAUGCUCACAGGUGAGUCACAAUCACAUGGGCUUCGUCUCUCAGCGGUGAAAUGGCGCAGAAAGGAGUUCAGCUGGACCGACAGAGCAUCUCUUGUUCGAUCUGUUUGGAUCUACUGAAGGAUCCGAUGAGUCUUUCCUGUGGACACAACUACUGCAUGAAGUGUAUUAACAGCCACUGGAAUGGAGAGGAUCAGAAACCGGUCUACAGCUGCCCUCAGUGCAGGAAGAUCUUCCCAACGAGGCCCAAACUGGAGAAAAACACCAUGUUAGCAGAAUUAGUGGAGCAGAUGAAGAAAACUGGCCUCCAAGAUGCUCCUGCUGACCACUGCUAUGCUGGAUCUGGAGAUGUGGCCUGUGAUUUCUGCAGCGGGAGAAAACUGAAAGCCUUCAAGUCCUGUCUGCAGUGUCUGGCCUCGUACUGUGAGCAACACCUGCAGCCUCAUUCUGAUGUGGCUUCAUUUAAGAAGCACAAGCUGGUGGAGCCCUCCGAGAAGCUGCAGGAGAACAUCUGCUCUCGCCACGAUGAGGUGAUGAAGAUGUUCUGCCGGACCGAUCGGCAGUCUAUCUGUUAUCUCUGCUCUGUGGACCAACAUAAAGGCCACGACACGGUCUCAGCUGCAGCAGAAAGGAGCGAGAGGCAGAAAGAGCUGGAGGUGAGUCGACUCAACAUCCAGCAGAGAAUCCAGGACAGAGAGAAAGAUGUGAAGCUGCUUCAACAGGAGCUGGAGGCCAUCAAUCGCUCUGCUGAUAAAGCAGUGGAGGACAGUGAGAAGAUGUUCACUGAGCUGAUCCGUCUCAUGCAGAAAAGAAGCUCUGAGGUGAAGCGGCAGGUCAGAUCCCAGCAGGAAACUGAAGUGAGUGGAGUCAAAGAGGUGGAGGAGAAGCUGCAGCAGGAGAUCAGAGAGCUGAAGAGGAAAGAAGCUGAACUGAAGAAGCUCUCAAACACAGAGGACCACAACCAGUUUCUCCACAGCUACCCCUCACUGUCAGCACUCAGUGAGUCCACAUCCAGCAUCCAGAUCCGUCCUCGCCGCCGCUUUGACCACGUGACAGCGGCCGUGUCACGAGUCAGAGACAAACUGCAGGACGUCCUGAGAGACAAAUGGACAGACGUCUCACUGACUGAAGUGGAUGUUUUACUGCCGGCAGCAGAGCCAAAGACCAGAGCUGAGUUCUUACAGUAUUCACGUCAAAUCACUCUGGAUCCAAACACAGCACACAAACAGUUGUUAUUGUCUGAAGGGAACAGGAAAGUUACAGUAAUGAGUCAACAACAGUCUUAUUCUGAUAAUCCAGACAGAUUCACUCAUUAUGAGCAGGUCCUGAGUAGAGAGAGUCUGACUGGACGUUGUUACUGGGAGGUGGAGUGGAGCGGGACAGGAGGAGUUAUUGUAGCAGUCUCAUACAAGAACAUCAGCAGAGCAGGGAGGUCACAUGUCUGUCUGUUUGGAUCUAAUAACAAAUCUUGGCUGUUAGAUUGUAUCAAUAACAGUUAUAACUUUCAGCACAACAAAGUCCAAACUCCCGUCUCAGGUCCUUGGUCCUCCAGAGUGGGAGUGUACCUGGAUCACAGUGCAGGUAUUCUGUCCUUCUACAGCGUCUCUAAAACCUUGACCCUCCUCCACAGAGUCCAGACCACAUUCACUCAGCCGCUCCACGCUGGAGUUCGUCUUUGGUAUGGAGUCUCUGCUGAGUUCUGUAAACUCAAAUAAUCAGAAGUGAUGUAAAGAGCAGCAGGUUAAACUCUCCAGAUUUCAGGUUAAAUUUAAAUGUUGUUCUUCUUUCAGACUGGUGGAAAGAGAACAUGUUUCUUUAACUUCACUUUGUUUAUUUGCGUCUGUAGAUUUCUCCUAAAUUCACCAAAAGUUAACAUUAGAUAAGGCCUCAUUUACAUAUUUAAACAGAAAAUUUCACUGUGAAAUCUGUGAGUUAAACUUUUUACUUUAUUUACCUGCAGUGUCUUUAAAAUGUCAUGAACUUCACAU